AUGUCACGCAAGGACGAUACCAAGGCUAAGGAUGCCAUUGUCACCGUCAACAUCGACGACUUCACCCGCACUCGCGACAGCGUGAUUGUCAGCCUUGCCACUCUUCAGUCCGCCGUGUCUGAUUUGUCGCGCGCUUACAUCAACCAUGCCAACACCGUCUUGAACCGUGGCCCCGUGUCUACGGAAAGCAGCCUGAGCACUGGUCUUGCCGGCGGUCUUGCGAGCAGUCUGCUGGAAAAUGGCCUUCUCGGCAGUGCUGUCGCUCACCAUGCGCUCGGCCAAGAAGCAAAGCCCGAAGAGAAGAAGAAGCGCAAGCGUGCGCCGGCAGACCCCAAUGCGCCCAAGCGCGCAUUGACUGCCUACUUUCUCUACAUGCAACACAAUCGUGCGCAAAUCGCCGAAGAGCUGGGCCCACAGGCCACGCGCGGCGAGGUUGCCGACGAGGGCACUCGCCGUUGGGCUAACAUGAACGCUGAAGACAAGGAGGUCUGGAAGAGACUGUACUUGGACAACCUUGCCGUCUACAAGGCGAAGAUGGAGGCGUACAAGUCCGGCCAGCCCAUCCCCGACGACGACCACGCAAAGGCGGACGACCAGCUACAACAGAGCGUUGCCGCCGCCGACGCCGAGGCCGAGGAAGAGACCGAGUCGUCCGACGAAGAAGACUCCGAGUCCGAAGAUUCUUCCAAGGAGCCCACUCCGCCUCCCAGCAACAAGCGCCGUCGUGCCAAGGCCCCUGCUUCUCCCGUGUCCACCAAGAAACCCUCGCCCGAAAAGAAGAAGCAUACUCCCGUGUUGAAGAAGGAUAUCACGCCUGCUCGCAAAUCCGCGCCCAGCACCAGCGAAAAGCGCAGCAAGAAGAAGCGCAAGAGCGAGGCUGCCGGCGAGGACGCCAGAGCCUCAUCUUCGCUUCCUCGCGUUCUCUCUCGUCAAUCGCCUGCUGGUCGUUCAGCUAUCCCAGUCGUAUCCCAAACACGCCCUUCCUUGUUCUCGUUCUCGAUCGAUAAAUUGGUCAUCUCGCAGCUGGGUCUGCUGGCCCAGCGCAGGCUGGCCCGGGGCGUCCGUUUGAACCAUGCCGAAGCUACUGCUUUGAUAUCGUCUAACCUGCAAGAACUCAUUCGCGAUGGCAACCACACCGUCGCCGACCUCAUGUCCAUCGGCAAAACCAUGCUGGGCCGUCGCCACGUCCUGCCCUCGGUCGUAUCCAGUCUCGUAGAAUUGCAGGUGGAAGGCACAUUUCCUUCGGGCACGUAUCUGGUCACGGUGCAUCAUCCCAUCAGUUCCGAUGAUGGAGACCUAGAGAAGGCUCUUUACGGCAGUUUUCUGCCUGUGCCGCCCAAGGAGGCCUUUCCGGACCCGGAUCCAGUGGACUAUGAGCCUGAAAACCAGCCCGGUGCUGUUGUGCCUGUCAAGGACUCGCGGAUUACGCUUAAUGAAGGCCGUAAACGGAUCAGACUUAGGGUGAUGAGUAAGGGUGAUCGGCCGAUUCAGGUUGGAUCGCAUUAUCAUUUCAUUGAAACGAACCCACAGCUCUAUUUUGACCGCGCGAAAGCUUACGGCUAUCGUCUGGAUAUUGCUGCUGGCACGUCCGUCCGAUUCGAACCCGGUGACACCAAGACUGUCACUCUGGUCGAAAUCGGCGGAAACAAGAUCAUCAGUGGCGGCAACUCACUUGCCAGUGGAACUGUAGACGUCAGUCGUAUCGAAGAGAUUCUGGCCCGGAUACAACAAGCCGGAUUUGCCCAUAUACCCGAGCCAACAGCCGAUGCAGACCUUGUCACUGCCGCCGUCGCUCCCUUCUCGAUGGAGCGUGAAGCGUAUGUCCGCAUGUUCGGUCCAACGACUGGCGAUCUCGUCCGGUUGGGGUCUACCAAUCUGUGGGUCAAGGUUGAGAAAGAUCUGACUACGUAUGGCGACGAAUGCACGUUUGGCGGAGGCAAAUCGCUGCGCGAAGGCAUGGGCCAGUCUUCAGGAAAGAGUUCUAAGCAGUGCGUGGACACGGUCAUCACUAAUGCUUUGAUCAUUGACUGGAGCGGAAUCUACAAAGCCGAUAUUGGUAUCAAGGAUGGACUUAUUGUCGGCAUUGGCAAGGCCGGCAAUCCCGAUGUCAUGGACGGCGUCCACCCGGACCUGGUGGUCGGAUCAUCGACCGAUGUUAUUGCCGCUGAGGGCAAGAUCGUCACUGCAGGCGGGUUUGAUACGCAUAUUCAUUUCAUCUGUCCACAGCAGGUGAACGAGGCUCUUUCUUCGGGGAUUACGACCAUGUUGGGCGGCGGAACAGGCCCAAGUACUGGAACCAACGCUACGACUUGCACGCCGGGACCAACUCACAUGCGUCAAAUGAUUCAAGCCUGCGACACUUUACCGAUUAAUCUGGGAAUCACAGGCAAAGGAAACGAUAGCGGCAAGGAAAGCAUCCGUGAGCAGUGUCUUGCCGGAGCAGCCGGUAUGAAGCUGCACGAAGACUGGGGCAGCACGUCCGCUGCGAUAGACACUUGUCUGGAAGUAUGCGACGAAUACGAUAUACAAUGCAUGAUCCACACAGACACACUGAACGAAUCCGGGUUCGUGGAACAGACUGUUCAGGCGUUCAAGAACCGCACCAUCCAUACCUACCACACUGAAGGUGCUGGCGGAGGCCAUGCGCCUGAUAUCAUCUCUGUGGUAGAGCACGCCAACGUCCUUCCUAGCAGCACCAACCCCACGCGGCCAUUCACGCUAAAUACACUAGACGAGCAUCUAGACAUGCUCAUGGUCUGCCACCAUCUCUCCAAGAAUAUCCCCGAGGACGUGGCGUUUGCCGAGAGCCGGAUCCGCGGCGAGACCAUCGCAGCAGAAGACGUGCUCCACGACCUUGGCGCAAUCAGCAUGAUGUCCUCGGACUCGCAGGCCAUGGGCCGCUGCGGCGAAGUCAUCCUGCGGACGUGGAACACGGCACAUAAGAACAAGGAGCAACGCGGCGUUUUGCCAGAGGACGAAGGCACGGGAGCAGACAAUUUCCGCGUCAAACGAUACAUUAGUAAAUACACCAUCAACCCGGCCAUUGCGCAGGGUAUGGCGCAUCUUAUUGGCAGCGUGGAGGUGGGCAAGUUGGCCGAUCUGGUGUUGUGGACGCCUGACAAUUUUGGCACGAAGCCCAAGACGGUUGUUAAGGGGGGGAUGAUUGCUGCUGCUCAGAUGGGAGACCCCAAUGCAUCCAUCCCGACCGUUGAGCCGGUGAUCAUGAGACCUCAAUUCGGAUCCUUCCUCCCCUCAACGUCAAUAAUGUUCGUCUCCCAAGCCUCCAUCUCGCACGGUAUAAUAGAAACAUACAACCUCCGCAAACGCGUGGAGGCAGUGCGAAACUGCCGCAAUAUAGGCAAGAAGGACAUGAAAUAUAAUGAUGUAAUGCCGAAGAUGAAAGUUGAUCCGGAGCGAUACACUGUCGAAGCGGAUGGACAGCUCUGCACGGCCGAGCCAUCGACUAGCCUGCCGUUGACGCAACAGUAUUUUGUGUAUUGA